AUGUCAUCUAUCGACCAUGUACCUGAGCAGGAAACAGCCGACGCACCGGCGGAGCAGAUAGCAGUGGAUGGCAGUAUUGGCUCAGAUACCGACACAGGCGGACCUCCUCAGUCAGAAGCUACAAGUAAGGAUGAAUCAGAUACUAAGCACCAUGCUCGAUCCAACUCUGUCAAAAAGCCUGCAACAUUCAAGGCGGUAUCAGUUACGAAGAACUUCCUUGCAAAAGCGGGCACGCCGACCGCGUCAGCUGCCAAAACCAACGGCGAUAAUGCUACAAACCCAGCGAUCACGGGCAACACCCUUCCACCAGCACCCCGACCCCGGCUCGUCGCUAAGACCGCAAGUGGAAACAAGGUAUCAGCACCCAAGCCUUCGCAUUUCGGAACUAAGCACGGAGCAUCUGGUCCAGACCCAAUGCAAGUAUGGAACAGGAACAGAGCCGCCCCCCAACCAGCACAGAAGCACUUUACGGACGAGGAGCUUAAACAGCAGUAUGGUAUACAUCUCGCUACCCGAUUGCAGGCGGAUGGGGACGGUAAAGAGUCUAAAUGGGCGGAUAUCGAUGACGAUGAAGAUGAUUGGGCGCCGGAGACGAUUGAAUGGAACGAUGGCACCAAGAUAACACUAUCACAAAAUGACUCCGCUGCCAUCCUUGCAGAGGAACAAGCGGCAGCUUUGAUAGCAAAGGAGCGGCAAGCCGAAGAAAACAGGUCUAAGAUGUCUGCGCAGCAGAUGCCCACCACUACCGUUGGGCCAAACGCGACCGUAUUGAAGCCUCGUUCAGCUGCGCAACCCAGGUCUGGGGGACUUGUCCUGAAAACACCUUCAGACAAGCCAACAUUGGUCGCGAAGCCUGCCGCACCGGCGCCUGUCAGGUCUCCAUGGGCAUCAUUGCCCCCCGUUGAAAAGCUUCCUCCUGUCGACAUUAACCCUCCAAGCCGUCCUUCUACAUCUCGACCGCCACAGAAUGAUCCAUAUGGAAAUAAUGCUUUGCCUCCGCCACCACCACCACCUCAAGUAGCCAUGGAAAUUGCUGCAGACGAUUUCACCCGCACAAGGCGGGAUACUCAAAACGGGAAUCUCGGACAAUUAUACAAUGCGCAAUCGGGCCAAUAUGAGCCAGCCAAUACUGGUCGCCGAGGAUCUGUUCGGAAAGAUCAGAACUUCAGGCCACCGUCCCUACUUCAGAGAGGCUCAACGCACGACCAGCACGGUCCUGCAGAACCGUCCGCUGCUUUUCAGACGCAUCGAUCCGGAAGUCAGCAGGAUGGCCCCCCUUGGACUCGGCGAGGUUCUUCCACUGUGAGCGGAGAUAGUGGACCUCAAGGUCGCAGAACAUCGAUGAAUAAGGGAACAGACCUGCCGAAAAUACCCCAUGACCUGCUUCAGCAGCGCCGAGAGUCGCAGCCCUUACAGUCCCCGUCAACUCCUGGCUUUGGACCAAACCAAGUUUCACAGCGCGCAUCCUCUCCAGCUCAGCAACUACCCCACUCAGCCGUGCAAUCUCCUGCUAUGCAGCACUCUCAACUGUCACAAGAGCCUGGCUCUGCUACCGGACCACCAUACCAAAAUAGGAGCCUUGCACCUGAAUCUACUGUUCCUAAUACGCGUGACGAUGUGGCCGCUCAGAAGCAGCUUAUGAAGGAAAAGCGAGAAUUGGCCAUAAAACGCAAGAAGGAGGAAGAGGAGCGAGAAGAGGCGGCAAAGAAAGAGAGGAUCCGGUUGAAGAUGGAGAAGCUGGGGUUGCCUCCCUUGGAGGAGAAGAAGGAAGUAGAGAAGACAGCAACCGAAAAGAGAGGUGCUGAGUCGGCCAAGGUUGGGCAGAAGGAAACCGAGAAGCUGGAGGCCACGCCAGAUAUUCGCCAAGCUCCUUCGCAGCUGCAAGAAGCAUCCCCGUCUAUGCCGCUUUCGCCACCCAAACCGCCAGUGCCUGAUGCGUCCGGAACGCCUCAGCAAUAUGGGAUGAUGAGAGUGCAUGGUACCCCCUCAAAUAACAUACCUCAACCUGGUAGCGAACGUCUGGUCGUGGAGAAGACUAGGGUUCAGGCUCCAAGUCAGCUGAUCUCACCGCCGGGUCUAGAAGCCAAAGCUGAACAAAAUGAGCAACUACCAUCGCCAAUGGUCAACGGGGUCCAUAAGCAGACGGAUCCUCCCUCUCAAAAAUCCCCUCCUGAUGUUCAGCAUCUGGUUCGAGAACAAAGACAACCUUGGAACAAUGGUUCAAGAGACAACAAUGGCUAUCCAGGCUGGAACGGACAAAAUGCUGGCAUGGCGCGAGAACAAUCUGUGUCGAAUAGCGUAUGGGGCCCGCCGACUCAACACAGGACCCUAGGCAACGGUACGUUUGACAGAAGCGUACAGAGGCCGCAGUCAAGGCAGCAAGAGCAGUUUUCAUCACCUGCCCUUGCACCGAUAGGUCCUCCAAGGCACCUACAGCGACUGCGAGAGGUAUCACAUGCUCGAGCCAAUGACAUCAGCCCAACACCGAUGGUUGAGGACUUCCAAACUAUUCCUACUUUCCCUCCUUCUGAAGCUCCCACACCUCCGAGGAGACCCGGGAUCACCAGUCGACCGACAAGUGGAGACCAUCAGAUCUCGCCACCGCAGAUUGGCGCAGGGGCACAACCAAGAUCUCACAUUAGCAAUACCGAAGGAUCAUCAAGCCGUCCAGAACUCCCAAAAUCAACCUUAGCUGCCUGGGGUAGUUUCCACGUUGCAGAUGCGGAAAAAAAUCGUCAAGUUGCACAGCAGCACGCGGCUAAACUUGCGGAGGAAGCACGAACGGGUAUACGACAGGAACCUUCGCUACCUGUUAUGAACGAGACUUGGCGACAGGUCAAAGUCGAUGAACACAGUGGACAGCGGCAUAUCAUCGGUGUCUCGAGAGUCCAGAAUGCCCACGGUCAGAACGUUGCUCCGCAGAUCAACGGAGACGUUCGCAGUUCCUCAUUCACUAAUAUGCCGGGUAUUGCUCCUGCUAUGGCAGCCGGCGUUGGUCGUGGAUCGCGUUUCUUUCCUAGUGCAGGAAGAGGCAUUCAACCGCAUUUUCAAGGAGUUCCACCGUUCUUGCAAGGCUAUGCUCGGUCCCCGUCACCUCCACCACCGGACAAUGACAUUCAUCCAGUGUUUACAGGUGACCGAGGACGCCCACUGGUCAAUCUUCCCUUCAUGAAGGAAAAGCCAAAAGUGAGGCUACCGCCCUCCGUCGUGUCUCCAGCCCAGUCUCCAAAAAUGGCAGAAGUACGAGUAACGCCCUUGCGCGCGGCAUCGCAACCACUUGUCAAUAAUCCCUCGUGGCAAGAUAGGUUCAAUGGGCUCCUGGGUGUCAAGAAGACUUCGCCGGAGAAGAAGUUUGCUCAUGUGGCCGAAUUUUCUGCUACGAAAGUCCCACUGGACUCGCCGGAAGUCCAGGUCUCCGCAUCUGUUUCACUUCCUCCCAAGAAUGGUGAGACGACUAACCGGUCACUUGAAGUAUAUUCCAAAGCCAUGGAAGAUGAAGAAGCUCUUUUCGAAAACCGUGAAUUUGGAUCGCUUCCAGCUGUACUGAUCCCGAGCAAAGCACCAGAGAUUGGGUGGUCGCCUGCCAAGUCUAUGAGAAGAGGCCAGUACAAACAGUCCAGAUUGAGCAGGGAAGUCGAAGCUACCAGCAAAGAGCCCUUGAUGAUGUAUAAGGAGCUCACCGCCAACAAUGGAGUUCCCUUAAUCUUUGUCAAUUUGGCUGGCAUGACAGCCUCGAAAUCCGUGCCCUUACCUCGCUCAAACGCACAGAAUCCAGGCCAUGGAAUGCAACGCCCACGGAACGCUUCAGGAAAUAUAAAGCCGGGCAAAUCCUACAAGCCUCGAGAUAUUUCAGGAAGCUACGGCCACAACCCAGGUCACAACUCAACUCACAACCCAAGUCACAACCCAAAGAACUCCCACGGUGGACCUCAGAGGAACAUCGCGCAAGGUGGCCCAAAUCCACAGACACGACAGUCUAACAAGAAUCAUUCCGCUUGGGGCCCGCGUCCCACAAAUGCGGUUCACUAA